ACGUUAAUUGUCCUUCCAUUGUUGUAAACGUUUUGCACUUUAUAAUUUGGGAAAUGUUGCCUUGGCUGUUCAAGCAACUUUAAUUGUAAUUGUUAAAGUCCAGCACCUUAAAAACUGAAAAAUAGCGUUAACAAUAACUUAGCUGUUUGAAAUGGAGUGCGACAGUCCUCAAAAACAGAUGCCUGCUCCUCGUAUCUUCGUGGAGAGAACCCUGGCUUUAAUCAAACCUGAUGCCAUCCACAAAACUGAUGAAAUUGAGGAUCUUAUUCUUCAAUCUGGCUUUACAAUUCUUCAGAAAAGAAGACUUCAGCUAAGUCCAGAGCAAUGCAGUGAUUUCUACGCUGAGCAUUAUGGGAAGCUGCAUUUUCCAUUGACUGCCUUCAUGAGCUCUGGACCGGUUGUUGCUCUAGCACUUGCCCGACACCAGGCUAUUGCCACCUGGAAAGCCAUAAUGGGACCAGUCAGCAGCAUAAAAGCUAGAGAGACACAUCCUGACUGUCUGAGAGCGAGAUUUGGCACGUGUGACCUGAGAAACGCUGUGCAUGGCAGUGAAUCCUUCUCUGCUGCGGAGAGGGAGAUCAGGUUCAUGUUUCCCAACUCUGUGAUUGAACCUAUUCCUAUGGGAGAUGCUGCCAAAGAUUACCUGAGCCGGUACGUCAACCCAACACUUCUCACCGGACUGACAGAGCUGAGCAAGAAAAAGCCACUGGACCCUUUUACAUGGCUUGCAGACUGGUUGAUGAAGAAUAACCCCAAUAAGCCCAAGAUAUCUGAUGGAACAGUAGUAGAGGAGGCAGCAGUGUGAUUUAUUUUUUUCUUUCCUCAAGCAAGAAGAAUCGACCAGCAAUAAGUUACUGUAUUGCUCCUUUUUGGACGUCUCAUUUGAACUGUUUUAUAAAAUAAAGUUUGGCAAUUUUGUCUA